AUGUCGAUUCCGCCGAGAAAAGCUGCGGCUUUUCCUGGAAGAUUAUCCGUCCAUCGCUCCCCAAAGAGGCAACGGCUUACCCCUGCCGAUGAAGAUGAAUCCGACGGUUUCAGCGUCCCGAGUGACGAAGAAGAAGUCGACUUCUCGACUUUUGCUAACGAUUCCAGCUUCUCAAGCGACAGUGACGAUGAUCUCUUAAUCGCACGAGUUGUUGGUGUGCCGAGAACGGCGACUAUUGCUAACGGUUCUGGGAAUGUGACGAGAUCCGUAAACACCAGCACCCCGGGGGCUUCUUCUUCUUCUUCCUCUUCGUGGCCUCAAUCCGUGAAGCUCAAAAGCUCCGAUGUUCUCGACUGUCCUACUUGCCGCGAGCCACUGAAGAAACCAAUCUACCAGUGUAGUAGCAAUGGACAUCUAGCUUGUUCUCCGUGCGUCACGAAGCGGUUGAAUCGAUGCACGUUCUGUAGAUCUCACAUCGGUGACAUCCGAUGCAGAGCCAUGGAGAAGAUCAUCGAAACAUCCAUAGUUCCAUGUCGAAACUCGGUUUACGGAUGUCAAGAAACAUUCACAUACGGAAACAAACCAAGCAGCCACGAGAAUCUCUGUGGUUACAUGCCAUGUUCUUGCCCGUUACCAGGCUGCAACUUCAUUGGGUCCUACUCUCGUCUUAGAUACCAUGCUCGUUCUUCGCACUCUUGGGGCAAGGAGAACCACGUCCAGUUCACGCUCGACAGGCCUAUCGACUUUAACUUGGACCUCGUCGACUCCUCCCCAGCCGGAACGUGCAACUAUUCCUGCAGUCUCGCCAGGCUCGAUUGGCGUAACUCGUUAAGGAUUGGAAUGAUGGUGAAGAAGAUUCAGAAAGUGGACGAGCAAGAAGAAGAGCCCAGAGAUGGUUUCUUGUUUAUUCCGUCUUAUAUGUUUGGUGAUUAUGCUAACUGCUGUCACUUGAAGUUGCAGAUUUGCAUUGGUCGUGAAGACAAGUAUGUUCAUAUCUGA